GUUACACGUGUUUGUCCGCCAGUUUUUUCAGUACCUUGUGUGUUAGAGCGGUAUCAAAUAUCGUAAGUUGUACUAAGCAGACAGCUUUCAAGUAUCUGUGACUUUAUAUUAAUUCGGUUGAAUUACAUAUCGUCUAAAAACAUUUCAUAAGGUUUCACUUCUUAAGCAGUACGUCUUGGAGCUUGUAAUUGCGUUGUUUGUGUAGCAAUGACGAAGUGUUGUUCAUUGUAACUUUAACAGUAGCCUCUUAAAUUGGGCAAGCGUAAUUUCUACCAAACGUUUAUAUUACAAGGUCAAAAUAUGUGCAGUUACAACUUAAAAUAUUUGUUCAUUAGCACAAAGGAUUAAUUGUAGAAAUCGCAACAAUUUUGUUGCCAUGUUAUAAUAAGACAGAACUUAGCACUUGGUGUGUUCUAAAAUAAUGAUUUAUUUAGAACUUCGUAACUAUUUGUUUACCAUAUUUUACAGUUACAUCGAAUAACAGAAAUUAUUUAAUUCGAAUUUAUGAGCUACAUUUCAGCAGUUUUCUAACAAGAGUGACAUAAAGUUCCAAGGGCAAGAAAGCGGUUUGCAUUGGGUUUCGAGGAAAUAGUUCGAAAGAAUGCAACGAUACUUCAAUAAUUAUCCUGAAAAUAAUUAAAUUAAAUUAUUAUGAAAAUGUGUUAUUGUAAUGGUAAAAUUUAAGUCUGUUAACAUUGUGAUGAACAAAAGGAAAACAGUAAAUUUCUCGCAGAUAUUUAUUAUAAUCACCUGGUUCAAGUAUUUUGCUGCUCAGGCUGCACUCGAAGCCACUCUGGUCGAACCCCGGCCUUGUACAUUUUGUCUAUAUUAAUGAGUCUAAGAUUUUAUUCAGUUUCUCUAGGUGUAGCUGUCACCUUUUACACAUUGGCUAAUUCAGUUGUGUUUAUGAUACAACUUCAUUAAAAAUAAACGCCAUGUUAAUUGCAUUAUUAGUGAUAUCUGUGGAUUUAACAAAUAUACGUACACAUGUUUGUUCAGUGUUACAAUCAAUUACAUCACGGAUCUUAAAGCACCGUAGUGAUCCCAGAGACAAUAUUGUUCGUGGUCAAACUGUGAAGAGGAGAUGGAUAAUUCUACGGCGUUCCAAUGGAAACAGUAGCGUCUAUCAGACGCGGACUUCGAAACAGGGACCAUACCAAGAGGAGCAUCACGCAAACCGUAACGUCGAAACCAAAGCAGUGUCGGCUGAACCUUUAGCAUUUGAGCAACCAUCCGCAGGAGGAUGGACUGGGUACUUCAGCAGAUCAGUUGAAGAGAUGGACCAAUAUCUGGGUUACAUAGGGGGCCCUGCAGGGGCACUGGCCCUUACUGGAGUUGCAGCGGCGUCAGCGUUCUAUCUGGCAAGCCGUCCCAGCCCACAGAAACCCCUGGUAGAACUGCACUGUCAGAGUAGGCUUUUGCCGGGACCAGAAAUGAUCCGAGUAUCCAAGUUCUACAAGGAUUCGAAGGAGGGGAAGUUCAUCAGCUCCCUUGAUAAGGACACACGAACAUUGUAUGACACAUUCAGGAAAGGUGCCAAGGAGUCCAAUAAUGGUCCAUGCCUUGGCUGGAGAGAAUCUCCAAACAAACCUUACCAGUGGCUACAUUAUAAUGAGACACUACUCCGAGCUAAAAACUUUGGCUCUGGACUUGUGGCUCUAGGUCUCAGCCCCUGCCCCAACACGUUUAUUGGAAUAUAUAGUCAGAACUGUCCUGAGUGGAUCCUCACAGAACAGGGUGCAUACUGCUACUCCAUGGUGAUUGUGCCCUUGUAUGACACAUUAGGUCCUGAUGCAUGUGCCUAUAUUAUCAAGCAAGCGGACAUUCAUGUGGUAAUCUGUGAGGAUGACACAAAAUGUAACCUACUACUGGAUAAAUCUCCUCGGUGUCUGCGCAAGCUUAUAACCAUCAAAGAGACCCGACCAGCCACAAACCAGAGAGCAAAAAACAGAGGGGUUGAAAUGCUGCGUUUUGAGGAUGUGGAGAAACUUGGAGCAGCCAAAGAUAACCCAGAAGUGCCUCCCAAAGUGACAGAUCUGUGCACAAUAUGCUACACAUCAGGGACAACAGGCAAUCCUAAGGGAGUUAUGCUGAGUCAUGAGAAUGUCGUAGCAGGAAUGUGCGCUGUAAUCCUGCAGCUUGGGGACCACAGGCCCCGGUCUGAUGACAUCAUGAUGUCAUUCCUACCAUUAGCACACAUGCUGGAGCGGUGUUGUGAGAAUGGCAUGUACCUACUAGGAGGGGCAGUAGGAUUUUUCUCUGGUGAUAUUAAGAGGUUAUCUGAAGACAUGAAGGCACUUCGCCCUACAAUGAUGCCAGCAGUUCCACGUUUGCUGAAUAGAAUUUAUGACAAAGUGAUGACAGAGAUUAGUGGAUCCUUCAUCAAGAAGAUGCUCUUCAACAUGGCCAUGAGUGCAAAGGAGAGUGAACUCAGGAGGGGCAUAAUUCGAAAUAACAGUUUUUGGGACAAAUUGGUAUUCAGAAAAGUGCAAGAGGGGAUGGGUGGCCGAUUACGUCUCAUGGUAGUGGGCUCAGCACCUCUGGCAGGCAACGUGCUCACAUUUAUUCGCUGUGCUCUUGGUGCUCUGAUUGUGGAGGGCUAUGGCCAGACAGAAUGCUGUGCUCCUAUAACACUCACAGUCCAGGGGGACCAUGUUCCAGAACACGUGGGUCCCCCUGUAGCGUGCUGUUGUGUUAAACUGGUGGAUGUACCAGAAAUGGAGUAUUAUGCUGUCAAUGGGCAAGGAGAGGUCUGCGUGAAGGGUACCAACGUGUUCCAGGGCUACUACAAGGAAGACGAAAAGACAAAUGAGACAAUAGACUCAGAUGGUUGGCACCACACAGGAGAUGUUGGAAUGUGGCUGCCUAAUGGGACACUGAAGAUAAUUGACAGAAAGAAGCAUAUCUUCAAGCUGUCACAAGGAGAGUACAUUGUUCCUGAGAAAAUAGAGAACAUUUAUAUUCGCAGUCAGUAUGUUCAGCAGGUGUUUGUGUGUGGGGAGUCUCUCAAGUCAUGUAUUGUUGCCGUGGUAGUGCCUGAUGUGGAUGUUAUUAAGAGCUGGGCAUGUGAGAAUGGGAUUCCUGGUACACUGUCUGUCUUAUGUGCACAUCCUGAAGUAAAGCAGCUCAUCAUGGAUGACAUGGUUAGCUGGGGCAAGGAGGCAGGACUCAAGUCAUUUGAACAGGUAAAGGAUAUCUACCUGCACCCUGACCCAUUCUCAGUUCAGAAUGGUCUGCUAACUCCAACAUUAAAAAGCAAACGCCCUCAGCUCAAGGCCUACUUCAAGCCCCAGAUUGAGGACAUGUACACAAAACUGACAUAGAAGGAAAGAGCAGCUGGAUUGUUGGCAAAGAGACUUUGUGACAACAUAAGUAUGCUUUGAUCCAUUUUCUAAAACCUCGGUGAACAUACACCCCUGUGAUUGGAAGCAUACAGGAAUAUAGAGUUAAAACUCGUCCAGUUCACAUAGUUGAAUAAACUUGUACAUAGUUCUAGGUUUCUUUGUCUUUCCCCCCCCCCCUUAAUUUUAUAGUUCCAUACUUCCUUACACAAGAGUUUAUGUGAAAAUGGUUCAGGGACAUUUAUGUCUUUUGUAAGUAAUAUGUUAGUUGUACAUAUGGCUAAGGGAUGAUUUCUGAGGAACUCCUGAUUAGCCAGAAAAACUAUAAAAGAAACAUUGAUUUAUUUUUUACUCUCUUUAACAUUAGUAAUGCUGGUUUCCAAUGAGUUGUCAACUCUGAGUUAUUGGACAAGUAUGAACAGUGUUACAAUAGAAGAGACUUCUUCAUGGCAGGCAAAUGGUCUGACCUAACUAUUUGAACAGAAACCCUGACCAUGGCUAUAUUUGUGGGAAGUGGUUUGACUUGUGCAUUUGAUGAACAUAAAAACAGCUACUUCAUGAUGGUACAGUUUUUUGGCUGUUUAAUGGUUGUAGAGAUGAUGUAUUACUGAGUAGCUACAGUUAUCUCUCAGAGCAGGGUCUGUGUAAUAUUACCUUCACGAAGUCAUAUGACUGAGACUUUAAAUGUGCAAACCAUUUUUACAGAAUGGAGAACAGGUUGUUUAAAACUGAUACUGCUCUAGCACUGAACCAAUACAAUGCACUUUUUCAUCAAAAUAAUGAGCUUGUGUCUGAUAGUGAAACAAUCUUAUUAUUAGUUUGUGAUUUUUUGUUGUCUUUAUCUGGGUCGACCAUAUCUGGAUGUAAAAUUCAAAACAGCUUUCUGAUUCAACAGUGUUAUAGAGUGUGAGGAAGUUUUAAUUGAAUCACUAUUUGUGUCUAAUCUGAAAUUAGGAUGCAGAGAAGGAUACAUAUUAAUGGUCACCACAUUACCAUUCAAUGGCAUUUCAUUCAGGAAGUUUGGACAUUGUAGAAAUUCAGUCAUCAGUAUUAAUACCAGUUAUUGAUCCAAAGAAAUUGUAUUAUGCUUUGUCCUAUACAUUUUCAGUAAGAAAAACGUAUUUAUUGGGCAACAGGAUUGGAGAUGGUAUAGACAAGGUCGCUAGUAUACAAGGCAAGGUACAUAUUGUUAUUUGAAAUAUAUUAUUAUGCUGGAAGAAGGUGAAGCAAGAAAAUUAUUCUGUGUUUACUCUUUGCUGACAAAUGAACAUCUUUAUGAUAAUGGUAACAUUCAGUCACAAGGGACAAGCUUAUCAAUAAAAAUUUGAAUUCUGAGUCUUGUGGUUGAUAAUAUUGAAAAUGCAAGAGGCCAUAUAAAAAUGUAUGAAGUAACAAAAACACAGUGUAUAAAAAAAAUUUGUAUGGAAAUGUAAAAUUCUGGAAAAGGUUUGUUUUGUCUACAUCAAAUCUACAUUUCCUUUCAGAAAUAGCUAAAAGGCAAAGCUAUUCGUGUAGCCAGCUAUGGAGGCCCAUAG